AUGGGGCUGGGGCUGUCACUCACGCUGUUGGCGGCCGCGCAGUAUCCGGCGCCGUUCACGCUGCCCGCCGACGCCGCCGUCUACGAGACGGUGGGGUUCCUGUGCGCCGGGCUAGCGUGGGCGCUGGUGGUGGUGCCGGCGAGGGGCAUGCGGCUGGACCGGCGGGUGUACGGGGUGGGCCUCGUCCUCAUCUACCUCACCUUCUUCGGCGUCCGCGUCCUCGACAGCCUCGGCCUCUGGUUCGGGUAG